AUGGCUACAUCACAGCACGGUGGGAUCAAAGAUCGCGCGCAGAAGGGUUUUGAGAACGGAGCAAAGUAUGAUAAGCAUCGUCCCUCGUACUCCGCUUCUGCCACCGAAGAACUACUGCAGCAAUGUCGUGUCUCUGGGCGAAAGCAUGCCAAAAUAUUAGACUUGGCUGCGGGCAGUGGCAAGUUCACCGAAGUCCUCGCGAAAAGAUCAGAGGAGUAUGAGAUUGUCGCUGUGGAACCUCAUGAUGGUAUGCGGAAAGUACUGGAGGAGAAGCGACUUCCACAUACAACCGUCCAAUCUGGGAAAGCUGACGCUAUAUCUCUGGCGGAUGAAAGUGCAGAUGCUGUUGCUGUUGCACAGGCCUUCCACUGGUUCGCAGAUGAGGCGUCCCUGAAAGAGAUUCACCGUGUGCUCCGUCCACAUGGUGUGCUCGGUCUCAUCUGGAACAUCGAAUACUACAAUGCACCGCAAGAAAGCGAUCCGCCUACUGCUUGGGAGAAAAAGGUGCAGGACCUCACAUGGACUUUUCAGGACGAGGAAGCCCGCUUUAGACACAAGAAGUGGAGGAAAGUGUUCGAAGACCAAAGCAAGUCGACCCCUCUUUCCUUGAUCAUAGCAUCUGAUCAAUUCUUCGCUCUGCCGCUGGGCGAGCACACGGAGAAGUUUGAGAUUUGGUUGUCGAAGGAGCAGAUUUGGAAGCGGUAUGCAACCAUCUCGCACAUUGCAGUGCUCGAGGGGGAGGAGCGUGAGCGCACAAAGCAGACAGUAAUGGACGCCCUGAACAGCUCUGAGGUCGAGACGAAUGAAAAGGGUGAAGUUGCUGUUCAUGGUUUGACCUAUAUUGUAUGGUCUAGCAAGAUCCCAGGAGAUGGCCGUGCGUCUUUGACUGAAGUCGAGCGGCCUGGUGCGUAG